AAAGACGGGCUUUGGACAUGAGAUGAUAGGAUCGUGCAAUACACUGCCCAAGAGCCUGUUCUUCGAAUAACAAGAUCUGUCCAAACAUUGCACUGAUCUACAGAUGGGCCUCUAUUGCGGCUGUAAGGCUGAGACGAUCCGUGAUUAUAAAAGGGGAUGGAAGGCCGUACGCACGAUAUGGAACAAUCACUCAAUCUACAUCCUCCACGAAGCUGAGACUGCUUUGUGAGCAACCUGGCUAUGAACAUCGAACAGCACGACACAAACGCCUCCGGGCUGCCUCGCAUCCCCCUGGAUCUCACCCGGCACAAGCUAUCUAUUGCUCUCCAUUGGCUUCCCAUCAUCCUCACCUCGUGCAUUCUUCCAAUCGUUGGCUACUUCGCUCUUCGGUACGGCUCUGAGGAUCUACAGCUCAGGAUCAUCUUGUCGCCCUGGCUGGCUCUCAUGGGCGUGGUCUCACUUUACUCGCUCCUGACGCGCUCGUGGGCGUUGAUCCGACGGGAUUCUACGUGUCGCCCUCUCGCACAGACCAGCAGAUGGGGCAUGGAUUUCUUCGGAUGGAACUUUGUGUUCGGCUUCCUCAUGCUGACCGCUCUCAUCUCUGCCGGGAUAUCGACGCAGAACCUGACCGUGGUGAGCUUGCCGACCUCGGUGCUCAUGCUCUAUGUGUGUUUCGAGCUGGUGUUGGUGCAGGUUAUCAUGGCCAUGGGCUUGCAGGCUCCAAUACGCUUUUCGUCCAUUCAGAAAGGCAGUGCAGUCCGACCGGGGACGUACGUGAUAUGUGAGGACAUCGUGGCCGUUGAUGGCAAGCGUGGUCAAGCGUUUCGUCAGGCUUGGAACGAUCGAUACGAAGCUAGCGCUGUUUUUCGCUUGCACCUUCGACGCAUGGAUCUUCUGUGGGGCAUCAGCGGACUGGCAAUUGUUGCCAUCAUCUGGGGACUUGUAUUUGGUCUGUCGGACACACGGGUCAAGCGCGAGAUUGUGUAUUCCAUAGGUGAGCGCUCGUAGUGCGUGUCUCUGCUCGGAUACGUGCUGACUCUAAGCAGGAUGGGGCCUUCCAUUCAUCUGGGCGAGCGUGAUGGCUGUUCUGACGAUCUCAUUGACUAAGAGGAUGCUUCGACAGGAAGCCAAGGUUCAGCAGGCGGUGAACGGGGUGGCGUGAGGCAGGAUUGGGUUCAGGUGUAUGUUGAACGACAACAGAUAGCUCACGAUAGACAUUGAGGACAAACAUCUAUUGCCACUUUUCAUUUGAGAGACGCCU